ACAUAUGGGUGAAUUGCUCAGAAUAGAAUUCAAUGGGAGAAAUAAUAUAAUUGUUUUUAAAGAAAACAAGCUUAUCUUUGUGUUUCUUUAUAUAUGUAACAUAUCAAAAUAAAUUUAACUGGCAUUUAUUUAAUUACAUAUUUUAAGUUCAAAAAAUGGAAUCAUACGAAUUAAAUAAUGAAGAUUUUAGGAGCUGGAUUUCCAGUUAUGGUGAUUUACCCAUAGAGGUUAUUCAACACAUAUUCAGUUUUUUAAGCUUCUCAGACAUACAGGUAGCCGGAAGAACUUGUCAGCGAUGGCGUGAAGCUACUUUUAAUUGUGCAUUGUCAAAAAAAGCGUUGAUUCGAUUUUCUAAACUUUGCCUUUCUGAUAGAAGCCCACCUGCUCAAGACUUCAUUGUCAGCGAAAGACCGUUCCGCCACUACUACUUUGAAGAAGUUAAUUUUGGGCCAAUACAAAACAUUAUGAGCCAUAUUGGGAAUUCAGCAGAAGAAAUAGUAUUUGAUAAUGUCGAUGUGGGUGACAAACAAUUUUGUGCUAUAAUGAGUCACAUGGUUAAAAUACGUUCAUUAACAAUAACCCGUUGUUCGACGCUUUUCAUGUCUGGUUCUUUUUUAGACAACAACGAUGAUCGCUUGUCUCUCAGCUCAAGUUUUGGCAGGAUCCAACACCUUUCCCUAAAAGAUAAUCAGUACUUGUCAGAUGCAAUUUUGUUACGCAUUACGGAAAUUAUGGAUAAUAUUAAUACGUUGGAUUUAUCUGGAUGUCAAAUUGCAUAUCACAACGCUAUUCAACGUCGAUUUUAUCCCAACGAUGACGACUACGCACCAAGUGAAUCUAUACUGACAUUUAAGAUCAUUAUACGAAUAUUAUUAAUGCAUCGUCAGACUUUGCAUAGCUUAAACAUCAGCGAUACAUUGAUAGGUGCUCCAUCAUUAGUUGCUUUAAACGAUGUAGGAUUUGAAGGGCUCCAAUUACAAAAUCUUGGACUUGCUAAUUGUAGGCAAUUAAACACUUUAUCACUUCAGACAUUUUUAAAAAAUCAAAGAAAGCUAUUGACACUUGACGUGUCGGACACAAUUUGCGUUAAUGAUAGUUGUAUAGAUAUAAUUGUAAAAUAUCUUCCACUCCUACAAGAGCUUAAUAUUUCCAGUUGCAUUAAUGUUACAAAUAAUGGUGCGUCACGGUUAGGUGAACUUAAAAAGUUAAAAACCUUAAACGUUUCGCGCUGCGAUGGAAUACAGUCAGAAGGCCUAAUUCAAGGUGUAGCAUCGGCGAAGAAUGAGACUAUCUUGAAUCUUCAAAUGGCUCAUUUGCAGGUAUGUGAAGAAGCUAUUAUGGUUAUAGCGAAAAAUCUUCCAGAACUACUUGUUCUGAAUUUAGCACAUUGUGUGAAUGGAGUUACCGAUGAAUCGGUUCAAUGUAUUAUUCAGAACUUACGUUGGUUGCGGGACUUAUCCUUGGAAAAUUGUUUUCGCAUCACUGACGUGGCACUUACUGGUAUCAAUAUUUUGCAACUACCGCCCAACUCUCAGACUUCAAUCAAUAACCUUCAACAGCACCCACUUUCCUCAUUAUCCAAUAGAAAUGGCUUCAAUGAAUCGAAUCAAUCAAUAAAGAUUUCUUUAAGAAGUAAGGCUGAAGAAGAAAUUGUACGAGAUGCUAUUAGAAAAAAGGCUAUGAUUGCAGCUUAUGAAAUGAACUUGAUUGGAGAAUGCGAUGUUGAGGGCUACAGCAUAAAACAACUACAAGGACUGAGGUCUCUAAACUUAGGUGGUUGCAAUAAAAUAUCCGAUGUUUCUUUGAAAUAUGGACUAAAAUUUGUGGAAUUACAAAAUUUAUCGCUUUCGAAUUGUCAACAAAUUUCGCUCAUCGGUAUUGAGCAAUUGGUGCAAGAUUGUCCUUCAAUAGAGACACUGGAUUUAUCGGAUUGCGAAAGUAUUAAUGACAAAGCCAUACAAUCAAUUACAAUUCAUCUUACUAGACUUCGAGCGUUACAUAUAAAUGGAUGCAGCCAGUUAACUGAUCACACUUUAGACGCAAUUUUAGUUAACUGCAAAAAUAUGCAGACACUCUCAGUACAUCGUUGUCGCCGGAUAUAUACUGACAUUGAGGAGAGACUUUCAGAAAUGUCUACGUUACGUAAUUUAAAGUUAGACAAUACACCAAAUCUUGACAAUGCUUUCUUACUUCGUUUGAAGAAACAUCUUGAUUACUGAUAUUUCGCAGCCAUUUCAUUCGUUUUAUUUUUGUAUUAUUUUCAGAUUAAUAAUAAUUUCUGAAAAGGAAUAAUAUAGAUAUUUUAAGUUGGCAGUUACGUCUGUUAUUUUAAUCAUAAGUGUUGUAUAUAAAACUGUAUUUAUAUGAAGUAUUUAUGUAUAUGUAUAGAAGUUUUGUUAAAUUGUUACUUAUUGGUAUAAAUUAUUUGCGAAAUCUGGAAAAUUAUAUAUGUAUAUUAAGGCUCUCGACUAAUCGACUAACCGAAUAAUUCGAAUAAUAAUAUUCGGAUAGUCGUAAGUUGUCGACUAUUCGAUUAUCCGCUCAUCCGUU